AUGAGUCUCGAAGGCGAGAACCAGUUUCGCUACAUUGGCACGUGGAUCCUCGUGGCCGGCAUGGUCGCGUCGCUCCUCACGCAGACGCAUGCGCUCAACAAGGCGACGAUGGCCGGCGACACGAUGAGCACGUUUCCCGUCUUCCAGGCGUUCUGGAUUGGCAUGAGCAACAUUAGCGGCAUUGUGUUUUUCCAGCAAGCGCACUCGUUCACGAUGGCGCAGUGGAUCAUGUUUCCGAGCGCGCUCCUCCUCGUCAUGGUGGGCAUUGUGCUCGUCGCCAAGCACGAGAAGAUGGGCAACCACGUCAAGUACUCGGUCGCGAUGCCGCUUCAGCUGAGCAGCCCGCGCCAGCACGACAUUGUCGCGCAGUCGUUUCUCUUCAAAGAGCUCACGCCGCAAACGACCGAAGACCGCCUUGACGUGGAGGGCUACGACAACAUUGAAAUCUCGGACCACGUCGAGGUGCAUGCGCCCGUGGUGUUAAAUCCAAUUCUGUUUGAAGUGUACUCCGCUCGUGCAUGA